AUGGUCCACUGGCAAGAUCCCGAUGUCGUACUACUUAUCUCCUUUACUUUCAGCCAAAUGCUGGUGUUUACGCUCGGCCUCUACGGCUGGCAGCUUCUUAUAACCUUUCACUACGUCGAAUGGCCACUACUUACGCGCAGAUUGAAUUUCAAGCCCAUAUACAACUCAAGAUGGGCAUUGUGGACGCACAAACGCUGGGUUCAAUUGACUCUCAUGGUGCUCUGCAUUGCCCACAUCAUCAUUAGUUUCAUCGUCGGUCUUAUGAAUGUCAAGCCUACUGAAGAUAAUCACACGUUGUGCGGUGCAGUGACUUCUGAUAAUCAUCGUGAACUUGCCAUAUUCGUGGCCUAUACUGUUUUUUUCGACAUCGUCAUCCUAUGUUCAACGCUCUUUGGCUUAGGGCCAAAAUCCCGUUUGGGUAACAGACGUUUGUGGGCCGUCGUACACAGGCAGGGCAUUUUAUAUGUGGUCACGGCUGUCGUCGUCAACGUUCCCUCUCUAGUUUUUACACUUGCUGCUCUUAAUCCCAUCAUGGAUAUAUUCUUUUCAAUCCCGGCCUUUAUCUCCCUCAUGAACCUAAAAGAAGAUGACUCUAGCGAGAGACAGGGCGAACGUCAAGAGUUGACCGACAUGAGUACUGCAGCCAAAGGCAACGGGCAGUUCACGACGAAUGUGGAGAUCACACCUUCCCUCUUCCUUAAUUCGGGUCAUAUGCCUAUCAACUUGUCGACUGACUCCUUCGACGAAUCUCCUCAGUCAACGUCUCGGUCUACAAAAGAUGGCGGGUACGAUCUACACUGCGGCCUUCCAUCCCGACCUCCUGGCGACCUUGGCUCAGCUUUCUGA